CCAGUGGACCCGGGCAGCUCCAGUGGCGUCCGCACGACCCCGCAGGCCUCCUGGUGGCGCGAGGGUGCGAGGAAGGCCCGAAACCUGGCCCCGGGAGCCGCGCCACCGCCCCAGACUAGUUAGAAAUAGACCUUGGGGAAGAUGGAAGGGGAGAAGCGGCCGGCGCCUUACGAGGGCCUGUUUGCGGACGGGCACCUGGUCCUGUGGACGCUGUGCUCGGUGCUGCUGCCCGUGUUCAUCACCUUCUGGUGCAGCCUCCAGCGGUCGCGCCGGCAGCUGCACCGCAGGGACAUCUUCCGCAAGAGCAAGCAUGGGUGGCGCGACACGGACCUGUUCAGCCAUCCCACCUACUGCUGCGUGUGCGCGCAGCACAUCCUGCAGGGCGCCUUCUGCGACUGCUGCGGGCUGCGCGUGGACGAGGGCUGCCUCAAGAAGGCCGACAAGCGCUUUCACUGCAAGGAGAUCAUGCUCAAGAAUGACAGCAAGGCCUUGGACGCCAUGCACCACCACUGGAUCCGGGGCAACGUGCCCCUGUGCAGUUACUGUGUGGUUUGCAAGCAGCAAUGCGGCAGUCAACCCAAGCUCUGCGAUUACAGGUGCAUUUGGUGUCAGAAAACAGUACAUGAUGAGUGUAUGAAAAAUAGCUUAAAGAAUGAACAGUGUGAUUUUGGAGAAUUCAAAAACCUCAUCAUUCCACCAAGUUAUUUAACCUCCAUUAAUCAGAUGCGUAAAGACAAAAAAACAGAUUAUGCAAUGCUAGCAUCUAAGCUUGGAAAGCAGUGGACUCCAUUAAUAAUCCUGGCCAACUCUCGUAGUGGAACUAAUAUGGGAGAAGGACUGCUGGGAGAAUUCAGGAUCCUCCUCAAUCCCGUACAGGUUUUUGAUGUUACUAAAACUCCCCCUGUCAAAGCCCUGCAACUUUGUACUCUUCUUCCCUAUUACUCAGCUCGAGUCCUUGUUUGUGGAGGGGAUGGGACUGUGGGCUGGGUCCUGGAUGCAGUUGAUGAAAUGAAGAUUAAGGGACAAGAGAAAUACAUUCCACAAGUUGCAGUCUUGCCUCUGGGAACAGGCAACGAUCUAUCUAAUACCUUGGGUUGGGGUACAGGCUAUGCGGGAGAAAUCCCAGUUGCACAAGUCUUAAGAAACGUGAUGGAAGCAGAUGGAGUUAAACUAGAUAGAUGGAAAGUUCAAGUAACAAAUAAAGGAUACUACAACUUAAGAAAACUCAAGGAAUUCACAAUGAACAACUAUUUUUCUGUUGGACCUGAUGCUCUUAUGGCCCUCAAUUUUCACGCUCAUCGUGAGAAGGCACCAUCUCUGUUUUCUAGCAGAAUUCUUAAUAAGGCUGUUUACUUAUUUUAUGGAACCAAAGAUUGUUUAGUGCAAGAAUGUAAAGAUUUGAAUAAAAAAGUUGAGCUAGAGCUGGAUGGUGAGCGAGUAGAACUGCCGAAUUUGGAAGGUAUUAUCGUUCUGAACAUUGGCUACUGGGGCGGUGGCUGCAGACUGUGGGAAGGGAUGGGAGAUGAGACUUACCCUCUAGCCAGGUAUGUACAUUUGCAAGUGAUUUUUUAUGUCACUGGUUUCUGUCAUUCUUUGUAG